CAUCUCUUACUACAUUGUACCACUCUUUCAAAAUGCAGACCUUCAACGUUCUUUUCAUCACUCUUGCUACUGCAGUAGCUGGGGUAACUUCCUCCAACUGCCCUCCGUUCCCAGCUUCAAUGACUCCGUUCUCUCAUGGCUUCAAAGAGCCUAAACCACCUGCUAUUAAACCAGAGUACCAAGCACACUUCGUACAGCACAAGUGGAAUGGCGAACUGUCACAUAUCACAGCUGGCUUCAUCCAAAACUCUCCAGCCAAGGGCUUCGUCCGCGCCGAUGAAGCUUUCGACGGUGUUCUUGCCUCUUCAACUUUCGACUAUUCCAACGUCACCAAAUCCGGCUUGGUUGAUAACACCUUGACGACCUAUGAUCCCAAGAAGGCCAAACCAAGUGUUUGGAGAGGAUACGUGAACUCGAACUAUCCUAUUCUCAACAGGAAUAUCUUGAUUGACUCUGGAGCUGUCUUUGAGGGAUUUGUCAAGAGGGAUUUCACUCCAACUCCCGUUGCAGCAUGGAGUAUCAUGUACCAGAAUGCAGUUCCCGUUACGGUCUUUGUCAACGAGUGUGGUGUUAUUGUUGGCUAUGAUUACUUUGCGCCGGAACUGCGAACUCGGGUCAUCAUGGAGUUCUUCAACAUUCAGGCCAAGUAG